AUGGCUUCUUUGCGAAAAUCUGUGCUCAUAACCGGCUGCUCUGCGGGUGGCAUUGGCGCGGCUCUGGCCGAGGUCUUCACUGAGAAGGGUUACCAUGUCUUCGCAACCGCACGAAAUCCUUCAAAGAUAUCACCAACGCUCUCGAAUGCACCGAGUGUGACACCUUUGACCCUCGACGUUUUAUCCUCCGAAUCUAUUACAGCUGCAGUCGAAAGGGUUACUAGAGAGACCGGCGGCAAGCUCGACGUUCUCGUGAACAACAGCGGAGGAGGGUAUAUUGCACCAGCUCUAGAUACAUCGAUUGAAGAGGGCAAGAAACUGUUCGACCUUAACGUCUGGGCACCAUUGGCUAUGCUCCAGGCGUUCGCCCCUCUGUUGAUCAAUGCUCAGGGGUACAACUACGACCGUUCAUUCACUAACGAGCAAGGUAUUUACAACGCAUCAAAGGCUGCCUUUGCUUCGGCGAGCGAGACCUGGCGUCAUGAGCUUCAGCCUCUGGGAGUUCGGACUAUCACUCUCAUAACCAGCGGGGUCAAGACCAACUUCUUUUCUGACCCUCUUGCGGUCGAGAUCCCCGAAACAUCGAACUAUUAUCCCAUCCGAGACUUCAUCCAAAGCAUCAGCGACGGCCGGCUGCAAGCCAAUGCUAUCAGCUCGAGGCAAUAUGCGACCAAGGUGGUGCGCGAGAUCGAGAAGGGCACGGCUGGAACAGUCUGGGCCGGAACAGAUGCUCUGAUGGCUCGUCUGGGAGUCUGGCUGUCACCACAGUCGCUUUUUGACAAGAUCAUCGAGAGUGUUGUGCCCAUCUCCAGCGAGAUGGCCAAGGCCGCGCACAAGAAACGACCCUGA